UUGCAACCCAUAACUAUAUAGGUGCGACUUUAAUUUAAGGAAUCAGCCUUAAGUCCACUAGCGAAUUAAGCUAAAACGUUGUUGCGCACUCUGCCGUAUAAAUUAUAUACCUACCUACCAUCCCCCGUGAAAUUCUCGCACGCGAAUUUCAAAAGUUGAGGCGAAAGAAAGCCCCAACUGCCUUUGGAAAUUUAGCAACAGAAAUAUGUCGAGCGAGCCAGCCAGCACUAUGCCGAAGGAUACAGCCAACACCUUGCCGAAGGAUACAGCCAACACCAUGCCGAAGGAUACAGCCAGCACCAUGUCGAAGGAUACAGCCAGCACCAUGCCGAAGGAUACAGUUACCAAAGUCCAGGAGUACAAAGAAACUUUAAUCCAGAGAACGGAGCUGCUGGUAACCAAACGCUUCCCGGAGAUAAUUGUUCAGCUGAACGAGCUGCUCACCACGCCCAUGUUCAAGGAGCGCGAUUUUGAAAAGAUCCAUCAGGAUAUAAACAUACCUGUGCAAUCUCCCGACGAUAGCAAUGGCGAUGAUCAACCGCAAACGAAGCGCACUCGAAAGGAUGUUGUUGUGGGAUGCCCUGUACUGGCGCUGCCAAACGGCUCCGUGUCUUGCAACAAGUCAAUCUGCCAGAUGAUCGAUGUGGUCAAGCCCAUCAUACGCGCCCUGGUGGAGCAUGCCAAUCUGCUGAAGAUGUGGAUAUCGUUCAUGAUACCGAAAAUCGAGGAUGGCAAUAACUUUGGUGUCUCCGUGCAGGAGGAAACGCUCGCCGAAAUUCGAGCCGUCGAAUCGGAUGCGGCCACCUACUUUGUGCAGAUCACGGCGUUUUUUCGGUCGCGUGCCAAGAUCGUCGCGAGUGUGGCCAAAUAUCCGCACAUCGAGGACUACCGACAGGCCGUCAACGAGCUGGACGAGCAGGAGUGCCUCAAUCUGUGGCUUGUGGUGUCCGAGAUACGCAAUCGCUACUCCUCGCUGCACGAUUUGGUCAUCAAGAACUUGGAGAAACUAAAAAGGCCGCGCAACUCGAAUACCGAGAGCUUGUACUAGAGAUUGAGAUAUAUCGAAACUGAAUACUUGAAAGAGCCUUCCAAUAGAUUCAGUGAAAUAACAAUUAUGAUUA